CUCUGUCUGCCGUCUGUUGUGUGCGGUGAAGUCUCCUCAGACUCCCGCUGCUGGCUGCUGAUUGGCUGAGAUGUGUGAUGUCAGCCGAGGGCCGGCCUAUAAAAAAGGCUACUUCCCCCCACACGGGCAUCACAGGAGCUGCAGAGUCCACCACACCACGUCUCACCAUGUGCCGAGGACUUGAUCUGCUGCCUAUCACCUGCUUGGAGAGGGCCAAGGAGCUGAAGGCUCUGUUCGGGAGUCUCCUGCAGAAGUCGGAGCAGGUGCAGCCCAGAAGGAGCCAGCAGAGUCCCAGCUUCCAGGUGGACGAGCGGCUGCAAUGGAAGGAGUCCUUCGACAAAAUGCUCCACAGUCCCAACGGCUUGUGCCUGUUCCGAGCCUUCCUGGUGUCGGAGUUCAGCGAGGAAAACAUCGCCUUCUACUUGGCGUGUGAGGACUACAAGGCCGCCAAGCCCUCCAAGAUGGCCGCCAAGGCCAGGAGGAUCUACGAGGAGUUCAUCAGCACAGACGCUCCCCGCGAGGUCAACCUGGACCACGUGACCAAAGCCCUCAUCCGGGAGAACGUGGAGCGUCCCGCUCGGACGUGUUUCGACCUGGCCCAGGCCAGGAUCUACACCCUGAUGGAGAAGGACUGCUACCCUCGUUUCCUCAAGUCCUUGGCCCAGCAGACCGGGCCGGAGUGCCGGACCCGCCCGGCCAGCGGCAGGCAGAACUGAUCCCCGCCGCUCUCAGACAGGAAGUUGCCCACGCCCCAAAUACAGUCCCGGCCCAGGAGACCUGCUGGAGGUGGCAGGACCCGGGUCUCGGCUGAAGGACUGGAAGCUGUGAGUCCAGACCUGCUGAUGGUUGGGACUAAAACCACCAUGCUGUGACCAAGAGAGUCUUUAUUUAUCUCAUCUUUUUUUACUGUAAAUGUGUAUUUAUAUCAAGGAAAUAAUAUUGCUUUUUUUAUUUAUUGAUUAGCCAAAUAAAUGUGUCCAAUACAAGA